UCAAUUCAGUAGCGAUCUGAGCGCCAUCAAGAGGCUGUCUAUAUGUAUAACAAUGCCAGCAAAUUGUAUUGAAAUGCAUCUAAGCGAUGCAUUCAACUACAUUCGACGUUCGUCAUUGCAUGAGUACGAAACAGUAGUUGAGAAGCCAGAAAAUAAAAUAUAUCAGUAGUUUAAGUUGUACACUUUCACUAUAAUCAUAGUUACUUUUGAGGUCUGUUAAUCUGAAAUUGAACUAAUUUUUAAUGUUAUCUGAGAUUUAGAUAUCUGAAGAAUUGAUAGUCUGGCCAGAGAUGGUCUGCCUCCUUGGUAAUUGUAUGCUGUCCCAGGUGCUUUCCAAAUAAAAAGCGUGUACAUUCGACAAGUCGCUUGAAUUUACCAAAGAAUUACAACUCAUGCAUAUAUAUAAACGUGUUAAUAUAUUGUGUUAAUUUUCUGUCAAUGACUAAACUUGUUCAUAUCAGUGGUCGAGUCUCAAGAAUCGCGCAACAGGCAGAAGAUCACACACGCCACGCAAUUCAUGUGAUUGGAGGUCAGUCGCCAGGCGACAUUAGAGAAGAUGUGAUCCUACACGAAAUUUCGUCUUAACAAAAGGAGUCUUAGUGUCUUCCUUGUUAUCUUCAGCAGAUUAUUAUUAUCAUUCGCUUAUUCGUAUACACUUCUGUUCUUCCAACUAUGUAACAAGGGUAGUUGAUUGGAGUCCAUAGUGACCCUUCUUGUGGAUAGUGCUUCUGCCGAUCCUCUACAUUGUUACUUUCACCAAGUCGACCUGAGUGGUUCUGGUGUUAACUCUUCAUGCAACGGCAUGCUGGAUAAAGGCAAAACUGUUAGAGUGUUUGUGAACUGGUUAAACUUAGGGUGAGUCCCUCCUAUGAUUGACAACAAAGAUGGCGAUUGGCAGCAUAAUAUGUGGAGCAUAUACUCCCAGAGUCAAGCAAAAGAAGGCAAAGACAACAGCUCGGAGCUGGAUCGAGGCAACAUUUCAGAAACGAGAGUGUUCGAAGUUUAUACCCAGUGCAAAAGAUGAACACAGGUUUAAAGCCGUACAGGGUGAUAAAAACGCAGAGUACGACGUGCUUACUACUUCCAGAUGUUGUUGUGGGCAUUCAUUUACACAUCAUUGUGGAACUGGUGCUGAUGUGCAGAGUUGUACAGCCAGCACUACAGAUGACCAGGAACGUGUACAAUGGUCACCUGGAAAGAAUACACGCCCAUCACCUACAGACGCCUAUGGAACAAUCGAAUUUCAGGGCGGACCACAUCCUACCAAAGCUCAAUAUGUUAGGUUAGCUUAUGAUACCCGACCAGAACCCAUUGUUCAAUUGUUGAGACGCGAAUGGAAUCUGGGUCUACCUAAAUUACUGAUUACCGUUCACGGAGGAAGGUCGAAUUUCGAAUUACAACCCAGUCUCAAAAAGGUUCUUCGCAAAGGGUUGUUAAAGGCUGCAAAAACCACUGGUGCUUGGAUCUUUACUGGCGGAACCAAUACCGGCGUCACACGACAGGUUGGCGAUGCUCUUCUUCUGGAGCGAUCGCAUCGUCAGGGUCGUGUUGUUAGUAUUGGAAUAGCACCUUGGGGAAUUUUAGAAAAGAGUCAUGAACUUGUCGGUCGUGGUUGUGACGUGCCAUAUGAUUCAAUUGCUUCACCUUGGUCUAAGUAUGCUGUGCUCAAUAACAGACACGCCUACUUUCUUUUGGUUGACAAUGGCACUGGCGGUCGGUAUGGCGCAGAGAUCGUCCUCAGACGAAAACUUGAGAAAUAUAUAUCCAAUCUGAAGCUCCAGCCAUAUACUCACAGUAGCAUACCUGUGGUGGCUCUCGUAAUUGAGGGUGGUACAAACACAAUACGUUCAGUUCUAGAAUACGUCACCGAUGAUCCUCCAGUUCCUGUUGUCGUUUGCGACGGUUCCGGUCGCGCUGCUGAUCUCAUCGCUUUUAUGCACAAGUAUGCUUCAGAGACCGAUGGGGAGAGUGGCGAAGGUGAAGGACCGUUAGAAAGCAUGCGAGAACAUCUUUUAAGUACGAUACAGCGAACCUUUAAAGUUUCUCCUGAACAGGCGAAUCAAUUAUACUCAGAAUUACUUCAAUGUACUCGUAAUAAGAACUUGAUAACCGUCUUCAGGAUAACGCAAGACCGACCUCAGGAACUGGAUCAAACGAUUCUGACAGCCUUAUUCAAGUCAAAGCAACUAUCACCUACAGAACAACUCUCAUUGGCUUUAAUAUGGAAUCGGGUGGACAUAGCGAGAAGUGAAAUUUUUGUAUACGGUCAGAAAUGGCCACCUGGUGCAUUAGAACAGGCAAUGAUGCAAGCAUUGCAACAUGACAGGAUUGACUUUGUGAAGCUACUCCUGGAGAAUGGUGUAUCUAUGCGAAAGUUCCUAACUAUACCGCGGCUUGAAGAACUCUACAAUACUAAAGAAGGUCCGUCCAACACUUUGGGCUAUAUUUUGCGAGACGUGCGACCUCAUAUUCCUCGAGGAUAUAUGUACACCUUGCACGAUAUUGGUCUGGUAAUUAAUAAAUUAAUGGGUGGAGCUUAUAGAGCCCAGUAUACUCGUAGAAAAUUUCGAAUGAUUUACGCAAAAGUCAUGAAGAGGUCAGGUGGCCAUCAUUGUCAUCGAAAUAAUAGUGGCACUAAUUUUGCAAGCCGAUAUUAUUCUAGUUCCAGUGGAAAGCCUGAUAAUCUCACAAUGAGCUUACUCGCCGAGACCUUGCCAGCCAAUAGAGAUACUCCGCUAUUUGAUUAUCCUUUUAAUGAACUUCUCAUAUGGGCUGUACUGACAAAACGACAACAAAUGGCGUUACUCAUGUGGCAACAUGGCGAAGAAGCUUUGGCUAAAGCUUUGGUCGCCUUGAAGCUUUACAAAGCUAUGGCACAUGAGGCUGCUGAAGAUGAUCUUGAAACAGAGGUCUACGAUGAGCUACGUGGUUACGGCAAGGAGUUUGAAAAUAUUGCACUGGAAUUGCUUGACUUCUGCUAUAGACAGGAUGACGAUCAAACGCAACAAUUACUCACAUCAGAACUUCAAAAUUGGUCUGGUCAGACGUGUUUGUCUCUUGCUGUCACAGCCAAUCAUCGACCACUUCUUGCCCACCCUUGCAGUCAAAUCAUAUUAGCUGACCUGUGGAUGGGUGGUUUACGCACACGGAAAAAUACCAACUUAAAAGUUGUCUUGGGCCUCCUCUGUCCAGCGUAUAUAACGAGACUGGAGUUCAAAAGUCGAGAGGAACUACAACUAAUGCCACAAACUCAGGAAGAGCACUUAAUCGCUUUAGAAGAUGAGAAUGAAGAUAGUGAAUCGGAGCAAGGAGUAACAGAAGGUCCUGAUGCAGAGAAACGUCUACGCAGAAGUCUAAGCGUACGCAGCAAGAGCAGCAAUCAGCAGGGCGUAAAGGCAUUGAUCUCGAACGAGCACAACACAUCCGUUAUCAAAGAAACUAUUGUCCAAGAAAAUGGCAAAGUCAUGGCUGACUAUGAUGAUACCAAUCAUCGUUUCUACAAUGUACUUCCGGAGUACUACGAUAACAAGACUAACAGGCCACUUAGAUUCAAGAAGAAACUAUACGAGUUUUAUACGGCGCCGAUUACUAAAUUUUGGGCUAAUGCUAUAGCCUAUAUUGUUUUUUUACUAUUAUUUUCCUACUGUAUUCUCGUGCGGAUGGGCAAAAAACCUACUUGGCCAGAAAUUUAUGCUAUCGCAUACAUUUGCACACUGGGUUGUGAAAAAGUGCGCGAAAUUGUAUCCUCUGAGCCAGCAACCUUGUCGCAUAAAUUCAGCGUGUGGGCUUGGAAUAUGUGGAACCCCUGUGAUGCUGCUGCAAUUAUAUUCUUUCAAAUUGGUUUGAUAUUGCGUCUGAGGCAAUCGACCUUUGAUGUGGGUCGCGUCAUUUACUGCGUGGAUUGCAUAUAUUGGUACUUAAGGAUAUUGAACAUCCUUGGGGUGAACAAAUAUCUUGGUCCUCUGGUAACAAUGAUGGGGAAAAUGGUUAAGAAUAUGAUAUAUUUUGUGGUACUCCUCUUGGUUGUACUAAUGAGUUUUGGCGUCGCACGACAGGCCAUCUUAAAUCCCAAUGCGGAACCAAAAUGGAGGAUAGUUCGUGAUAUAUUUAUGGAACCGUACUUCAUGCUGUACGGUGAGGUUUAUGCAGAUAAUAUUGAUCCCAACUGCGGCGAUGAACCCGGUAUGAUGCAGUGUCUACCAGGACGUUGGAUCACACCAGCAGCCAUGUCAGUUUAUCUCCUGGUGGCGAAUAUUUUACUGAUUAAUCUUCUGAUUGCCGUUUUCAACAAUAUCUUUAACGAGGUCAACGCUGUGGCGCAUCAGGUCUGGAUGUUCCAGAGGUUCACUGUGGUGAUGGAGUACGAGCAGAAACCUGUUUUACCACCUCCAUUGAUCGUCAUUUGUCACAUCUAUCUUCUCGUGAAGUAUAUCUUAAGAUACAUCACACAGGGCACUAUGUCCAGUGGCGAAACCUGUGACAAUGGGCUGAAGCUCUUCCUCGAAGCCGACGACAUGGAACGACUCUAUGACUUCGAAGAGGAGUGCGUUGAGGAGUACUUUCGAGAGCAGGAACUUAAGCUUCAGAUGUCUACUGAUGAAAGAGUCAAAGUUACUACAGAACGUGUUGAGAACAUGCACCAGAAGAUAGAGGAUAUCGACAAAAAGGAGAGCAAUCAGAAUGCAUCGUUACAGGCUGUGGAAUUUAGAAUACGUAAAUUGGAGGAGUUGAAUGAGCAGACUCUAGCACAUCUAGGUGUAAUUCAUCGUUUCAUGGCUACGCACAUGCCUGACGAGAGUCUUCCUGGUCUCGACGGAGCCACGGAGACGAGAAUUCGUCGCGUGUCCGAGCGUUCCGAAGCCGUUUCCGAGGCGGAUUCACAUUCUCAAUUACCAUCACUAUCUACCCGACGAAAAAGGCUUUUACGUUCUCUGACUGAUGCUACUUUCCUAAAUAUGAGUCCACCUUUAGAGGACGACAUCUCUAGGCGCUCUGAAGUCAUCACUUCGCACGAAAAUCUCAGUAGAAACGAUUCGUCAGUAAGUGGUGACGGAGAUAAUGGAUGCGAGGAUGAGGGUAAGACCUCAACCAGCCACGAAAGUCAGCAUUGUAAAUCUCAGGAAGCCGAUACGGAACCUGAGAAGGAUAAGCCAAGCGACGCCAAUAGUGACGUUCCGGUUUCUGAAACAAGAAGAGAUUCUACUGGUCGUACUGUCAGACAAAACAGUCGCACCAGGUCAGAAUCCGAUGACGCAUUAUUGAUACCGGCACCAGGUUUUCAACGUGGGGUCACCUGGGCUGAGCCCCGGGUCGCAGUGAUCCCAACUGCCGUGAGUUCAGCAGGUGCCAGCGCGAGGUCGGUUCUCCUUGCGAUGAGAUCGGAGUACACCAGCAUAACCGACGAGCUCGAGAGCUUCUGCGGGCUCCUGAGCCCGCCGCGUACGCCGCCCGUGUCUCCGCCGCCACGAAGAGGGCGCAACACCUCGGAGAUGUCCAACCCCGAGAUGGCACUGCACCUGGAAAACGAGCACCUUCGUGACGCCGAGGAGUGUGACUAUCAGCAAAUGGAGGAUCUGAUACAGAGGCGAUACAUGCAGGGGGACAAUGAGGAUUCACUGGAUAUCAAUGAAGAUAUAGCUGCAACACCUUUCUAUAUAACCAGUGAGAAUCGUCAACUUCGGCGUUCAUCGGCUGUCGAUGAGGACACUCGAAGACCACCACCUCCAACCAUAAGCGUCACCAGGGAAAUAGAACAAACACUUUCAAGGCCACCCGCUAUCAGGGAGGAUGACGCACCGGAUCCUAAUGAUAAGGCACUCAGCACUGCACCUGCACCAGCCUCUGAGACUAUGUGCUAAACGUAAUCUGCAUUAAUUUUUCUGAAAAGGUUUUGGCAAGUGCUUUUUUCUCACUCUAAACAUAGCAAGCUUUUUGAAAUAUUUAAUAAUAUGAGAAACUUUGCAUUGGGUAUUCGAUAUCCAAUUUACCUUAUUGUCUGAGGAAUUCAUCUUUUAUAUCUAUUGUUCUUCUUUACUAUUUUUGUUGUGCCACAUUAUUAUAUUCUUCUUUAUUACUGUUUAAUAUAGUCAGAAUGACGCGGCUAGCUAAGUCAAUUUGUACAUAUAUUAUACAACAAUUUUUUAAAUUCUUUCAUUGAUUCUUCCAUGGCGCUCAAAGGGCCUUGCUAACCAGGACUAGGUCAAUUUUCGAGUCCGUGUAUUAGGCGCUGCCUAUACUUUGCUCAAAUCUAGUUAAUUUUUAUGCAUUGACCAUUGCUGGAAUUGAAUUAUAUUAUUUAAUAAUUAAAUGAUCUGCAAGUCAUACAGGCUGAUAAUACCUUAAGUUCUUACGUUUCGUAUCUAGUCGUAAUUGGACCUAAUAUUGAUAAGAACUGGAUCUAAUUUCUGAGUCACCAAACAUAGCUAAUGUAUGCUAUAUACCAUAGUACAGCUCUUAUCCAUCUGGCUCUCACUUAAUUCAAAUUAGAUUCCUAAUUUGGUUAAUUCGGGUGACUUCAUCAUAUAUCAGUCUAUCUGUCAAUCUAUCUAUUACUCUAUUUGCUAUUCAUACUUUUCCACACUACUCUUUUAGCUCUCGCAGCACAUGAACCAGUCGCAUUUUACCUGAAUUUAGAUUUCUAUUGUAUCCAUGUAAAUUAUCGAAACAUAUGACUUUGGUAUAUCCGAACGGUAAAAGCUACAGCUAGAGGUUUAGAGUUUCCUUGUGGCUCAUGGACCAAUUACAGUUGAAACAACAGAUUAGAAUGUUAAUUAGUAUAUUGCCAUCUUGAUACACGGUAUAAUUAUCCUGAAUUAUACUCAAAUGCAUCAUGCACAAUUUCGGUGCAGGCAUGUUUUCGAUACUUAAGUCUGUAAAUUAUACUAGCGACGCACUUACCGUUUUAUUCGGCAUACAUUUCUAUCCUAUUCGGGAUGUCCGAUCAGGAUACGCAUGAAAACUUACAUGCUCUUCUUAAUAAGGUUUUAUAGGUAAUAUUAAGGCUGUUGUUUAGAUAUUCUAUCUGGGUACAGGUAAACGGAGAAGACACGACGUCAUAAGCAAGGAAACUUUUACAAUCUUUUUUCUACAUUUUUCUGAAUUUUCUGUUGAUUCAUGUAAUUAUUGGUUCGAAAAACUAAGCAGGCGUAAUGAUGGGCACCAUGAGGGUUUGACAGGUUGGCUUCUUCUUAGACGUUAUUCUUGUAAAGAUGUAAAUGUAACGAAGGUGGCUAAACUAAUGACGUAUCAAAUUGGUUGAAAGCAAACGUCAAACGUUGUCACCUUAACCACUCUGUCUGCCUUUACAUAGAUAGAUUAGCAGAAAAGCAGCCUUAACAAAUAUUCGAAGUAUAGUAUAGUACUAUAUAUUAUUCGAAACGUACUGAGGUCUUUAGCGCUUUAAUCGAAUAUAGAUUUUGGACACGUUUUUUCUGUUGAUGAAUAUUUAUUUUUGUCAGAGAAAAGAUACUUGUAACGACCACGUGAAAAUUAUUGCGCCCAUUAAUUAUACAUAAAUCGACAAUUUUUUGGCGACAGCAAAAAUAGUAACUGUGUCCUUCGUUUCGAAUUUAGGAAAUUGAGGAAACUCAUAAUUUUAUCGGACUAGUCGGAUAACCUGAAAAACUAGGAGCACCCUGAUUGAAUCGAAAUUUUCAAGUUGAACAAUUUUGAAUCAACCAAGAGUCAGAUUUUUGUUGUUGAAGUUUUCGAUUAAGCACUGCUUUUAUUAAUGCUAUAAAAUAUUAGUGAACGUUCAUUAGGCAGCUUUAUUUAUUUAUUUAGACCGUGUAGAACAAAGUAUAUAAUUCUAAUUGAAAGAUCGUAUUCGUAUCAUAUUUUUUUAACACUUCAGUUAAUUAGCCUAUUGACUAGUUUUUAAAUGAAAUGACAGAUAAUGACUAUUGCCAUUAAUUUAUAUAACUAAUCAUUGGUGUUAUACUAAUGCGAAUAUUAAUUGUCAUUGACUUGAGCAAGCGUGAAAUAAUUUAGUGGAAAAUGUAUAUAUUUCAUUAGAACUUCAAUUUCUUUAAAUGCAGUUACAUAAUAGGACGUGAUUAUAUUUUAAUAAAAAUAUGUUAUAAUCAUGACUGCGUGCAUUUCUCGUUUCGCAAAUUGUAUUUCGAAGGCUGUUGCUAUUGAGGAUACAAUGUUCUUCACGGCAAAUGUUCUCUAAUUGUUAUUAAUAUAAUCCAAUUGAUUUUAUUUGAGCGCGAGUGACUUGAAAUACAUUUUUCGAAUAAAAAACCAAGAGUCUGCGCAGCAAUAUUUGUGACGCGUCAUUAAUUAUAAUACGUCUUUAAGUAAAAUAUUUUUUUGGGCUCUUAUUUUUGAUUUUCAUUGCAAUAGAGUCCAAGUCUCAAAUUUUACUCGUUGUCACGUUAUACUUUGGAAUUUGCUCAUUACAAAAGACUAACGAAAAAGACUAAAACGAGCGCUUCUAAUUUGUUCUCUGCAAACGGUUGUCACACACUCUUGCACGUAAUUAAUGACCGUGGUUGCCUUAAUAUGAUAUUAGUACAAAUCAAAAAAAAAAAUUCCGUAUAGUUAUAUACUUUUUAGCGCAGCUCGUUCUUUUCUUUUUAUUUUUUAAUUUUUUUUACAACACUAAAAUAUGACGCUCCUUUCUUUUGCUAUCCGCAAUACCAGAAAGAGAAGUCGAAACUGCCAGGUCGUAUUUUUGGUGAGCUUUCAUGAUUUUUAUAGACCGAUAACCAAGAAUAAAUUAAAAUCUGUCAAAGCGAAUAAGACAACGAAGAUUGGUUUAAUUCGUGAAAUUUGUACUUUUAGGUAAACGAUGAGACUAAUUUUAGAAUUAAUCCUAAUGCGUGUUAUCGAUAUCAUCUCCUUUCAGUUGGUAUCAUUAAAUAGCGCAAGGUUACCUAGACUUGGUACGUUAACAAAUUUUGUGAAUAAUAUAUAAAAUUACUUACCAAGUUUUUUUUCUAUGGUAAGGAAUUUCACAGACAUAAAUAAUUAAACUAUUUAAUUAAUUAAUCCUGGUGGUGGGGGUAAUUUAUACCAAAAAAUGAAAAGGGAUAAAUAGUAUAUAUUCUAAUUGAUACUCUUUUUCAAUUAAUUAGUGGGCCAUUAAUUUUUUCUAGUUUUGGUCCUUACGGCCUUUAUAAUAUUGAAUUUAAUAUAUUGCAUAAUAGUAUAUCCGGAAUAAUAUCACUAGAUUGUAAUUAUAAUUAGUCUGUGUCUUUAGCAAUAUAUUAGGAGCAAUAAUCAAAGUGAUACGAGUGGAAACACUACUGGAUAAGACUGGAUAUACUAUUUUGGAUAUAUAGUUUUGUUAUCUAUAGUGAAUUCAUUAUAUUCUCUAGUUUAGGAUGAUCUACAGAAAAAUACAGUAGUACAUUCUAUCGUUUCAAUCGAUUGAUCGAUUUAUCAUUAUUAAAUAAGCCUGCUGCUUUAUCGACUUCUAUAUGUAAGGUGUAGAUUUAUGGCACACGUAAGGAAGACCCGGAGUAAAGUGAAUCGUUUAAGGAAAUAAAGCAGAUUGACUACUGAAGCAACGAUAUUUUAUUUAUUAUUUUUUCUAUCAAUUUCCUAUCCGGGUAUAUCGUUUUUAUGUAAGGAAAAUCAUAGUUAUUCUUAUUUUUUUAGAAUUUUAUUAAAGUUUAGGUUUUUGUACAUUGUUACAGUCUACUUUAUACAAUGUGACGACCAGAUGGCGAGACUAUUUUUUUAUUUUCAAAAAUAUUAAUAUAAAUUUGUUUUUUAAAAAUCCGAAAACCAAAUUUGGACCUGUCCAAUUGCCAUUUCGACUCUGUUUGGUUUUUGUAUAUAAAGUUUUGUACGAAGAAUUUUGAUAAUACUUAGCUCGAGCACACUGAUAACCUGUUAUCAUAUAACAAAAAUAGGGGUAUUAAUGCUUUAGUAAAAUAAUGAUAAUAAAAUAAUAAUAAUAUCGAGAA